AUGACUGAGAUCAGUCAAGAUGCUGUCGAGAGAUACCUGCAAGAGAAUCCUCAGUUUGCCCAGGAGUACUUUGACAAGAAGCUUCGGGUGGGCCUGCUGUUCAAAAACAGCCACCCAGGGGUGCAGGCCAGCAUGACUCUCCCUGAGAUGAUGCAGGUGGAGGAGGCAGCCCUGCGCCUGGAGCUACUGCAAUGUAUGCAGGAUGAAGCAGGCAGCGCCGAGCAGGUGACUCACAGGGCCCUGCAGAGGCUGGCUCAGCUUCUCCAGGCUGACUGCUGCAGCAUGUUCAUAUGCCGAGCAAGAAAUGGCAUACCCGAAGUGGCCUCCAGGCUGCUGGACAUCACCCCAACUUCUAAGUUUGAGGACAACCUUGUGGCCCCUGACAGAGAAGUCGUGUUGCCAUUGGACAUUGGGAUAGUGGGCUGGGUGGCUCACGUGAAGACAGCGGUUAAUGUCUCAGAUGUGAAAAAGAACAGCCAUUUUUCUGACUUCAUGGACAAGCAAACUGGAUAUGUCACCAAGAACCUGCUGGCAGUCCCGAUUGUGAUGGGAAAGGAGGUCCUUGCUGUGGUCAUGGCGGUGAACAAAAUCAAUGCUCCUGAGUUUUCCAAACAGGACGAGGAGGUCUUUUCCAAGUAUCUCAGCUUUGUUGCUGUUGCCCUAAGGCUGCAGCACACUGGCUACCUGUACAGUGUGGAGUCCCGGAGAAGCCAGAUCCUUAUGUGGUCAGCCAAUAAAGUGUUUGAAGAGCUCACCGAUGUUGAGCGGCAGUUUCAUAAAGCACUGUACACCAUCAGAACAUACCUGAACUGCGAGCGCUAUUCCAUUGGUCUUCUGGACAUGACCAAGGAGAAGGAAUUUUAUGAUGAGUGGCCAAUCAAGCUUGGAGAAGUUGAACCUUAUAAAGGACCAAAGACUCCAGAUGGCAGGGAAAUCAUCUUUUAUAAAAUCAUCGAUUACAUUUUACAUGGAAAAGAAGAGAUCAACGUGAUUCCGUCACCGCCUGCAGACCACUGGACACUCCUCAGUGGAUUGCCAACAUAUGUUGCUGAAAAUGGAUUUAUCUGCAACAUGCUGAAUGCCCCAGCAGAUGAGUAUUUCACAUUUCAGAAAGGACCGGUAGAUGAAACUGGCUGGGUCAUUAAAAACGUCUUGUCCCUUCCUAUCGUUAACAAGAAAGAAGACAUUGUGGGAGUGGCUACAUUUUAUAACAGGAAGGAUGGGAAGCCCUUUGACGAAUAUGACGAGCACAUCACCGAGACUUUAACCCAGUUCCUUGGAUGGUCUCUUUUAAACACUGACACCUAUGAGAGAGUGAACAGACUGGAAAGCAGAAGGGACCUUGCUCAGGAAAUGAUUAUGAGCCGCACAAAAGCCACCCCUGAUGAAAUCGGCUCAAUUUUGAAAUUUAAAGAGAAGUUAUGUGUAGAUGUAAUUGAAGAGUGCGAAGAGAGACAGCUACUGGCCCUACUGAAGGAGGACUUGCCGGACCCAAGAACCACAGACCUGUAUGAGUUCUGUUUCAGCGACUUCCCCGUUACAGAGCACGAGUUGGUUAAAUGCGGGCUGCGGCUGUUUUUUGAGAUAAAUGCAGUGGAGAAAUUCAAAGUACCUGUUGAGGUUCUUACGAGGUGGAUGUACACAGUGCGGAAAGGGUACCGCCCUGUCACCUACCACAACUGGCGGCACGGAUUCAAUGUGGGGCAGACCAUGUUCACCCUGUUGUUGACUGGGGGACUAAAGAAGUACUAUACAGACCUUGAAGCGUUUGCCAUGCUCGCUGCUGCCUUCUGCCAUGAUAUCGACCACAGAGGCACCAAUAAUUUGUACCAAAUGAAGUCAGCAUCUCCACUUGCAAAGCUUCAUGGGACUUCCAUUUUAGAGCGACAUCACCUGGAAUAUAGCAAGACUCUCUUGCAGGAUGAGAGUUUAAACAUCUUCCAGAAUUUAAGCAAGCGGCAGUUUGAAACAGUGAUCCAUUUGUUUGAAGUUGCAAUAAUAGCCACUGACCUGGCUUUGUAUUUCAAGAAGAGAACCAUGUUUCAAAAGAUCGUUGAUGCCUGUGAACAAAUGCAAAGUGAAGAAGAAGCCAUCAAAUAUGUAACCACCGACCCAACCAAAAAGGAGGUCAUUAUGGCCAUGAUGAUGACUGCCUGUGACCUGUCUGCUAUCACUAAGCCCUGGGAGGUGCAGAGUCAGGUGGCACUUCUCGUUGCAAAUGAAUUUUGGGAACAAGGUGAUUUGGAAAGAACAGUGCUGCAGCAGCAACCAAUUCCUAUGAUGGACAGAAACAAAAAAGACGAGCUCCCCAAACUUCAAGUGGGAUUUAUUGAUUUUGUUUGUACUUUUGUAUAUAAGGAGUUCUCACGGUUUCACAGAGAAAUCACCCCCAUGCUGAACGGCCUUCAGAAUAACAGAGUGCAAUGGAAAUCACUAGCUGAUGAGUAUGAGGCGAAGGUGAGGGUGACCCAAGAGGAGGGGAGAAAGCAGGAAGAAGGAGCUGUGGAUGGAAAAGCUGCCACAGAUUUAGGAGGUGGCACCGAUUACAAAAAGUCUAAAACGUGCUUAAUGUUGUAA